UUCGUUCCGCUCGCUUGACCUAUCAGCAACGCGGAUGGACGAAUUGCUACAAUCAAAUAAUCCACCUCUUCAUUUCGAGUGCAUUCACCUGGAGAGUCUUAUCGGUGAUAGCCAUGUAUUUUUGUCUGGGCUAAAGGAUCAGAUAACCCAAACAUGUGCUGUGCUUGAGGGAUUAUUAGAUGAGGAGAGGAGCGUCGAGCGUUUGGUUCAAUCCUGCAAGACAAUUCUAUCCCCUAUUCGUAACAUCCCCGAGGACAGAGUACACCGAAUUCUUGUGACAUGUUUGGACAUUGAUAAGCCAGAGAGAAAGGACUCUUUGGAUGGGAAAUCUCCACCUUUGGUCCUUUCGCAGGUCUGCAGGGACUGGAGGAGUGUCACGUUGUCUACAUCUCAGUUAUGGUCGUCCAUUUCCCUGGAUUUCGACCGAUAUCGGAAUGAAGUGGCGUGUCUAUAUCGCCUUCAAAUGUACAUUCUGCGAUCUGGGAUGCACGAUAUCACCCUUUCCAUACGCAGCACAAAAGGGCUCUCAACGAAGAACCCUGUUACCCCUAUCCUUUUUUCAAGCGCAGCACGAUGGGUUGACCUCCAUAUCGCCAUUCCAUACUUAUCAUUGCACGCUUUGUCUGCCGUCAGAGGAUCUCUACAUCGCCUCACUCGUCUCCGUGUGGAGUUCACGACUGAACCACGGAUGCCGCUCUUCCCACCUUCCAAACCCAUAUUCAGAGCCUUCGAGUAUGCGCCACUGCUCCGAAGCGUCUCCAUCAAUAGUGUAUGCAGUGCGGUCGAACAGGUGAGUCUUCCGUGGCCGCAGCUCACACAGUACACUGGGAACGACUGGACGAGCACGUAUAUCGAUAUUUUAAAGCUCGCGCCGGAUAUGGCGAGCAUGUCUUUGCAGUGUGACGAUGACUGUGGUUUUGAUAUUGUCCUCCCUUCUAUACCGUUUCGCCAUCACGGGCUUCGUCGGCUUCACGUUUAUGAGGAGGCAAAGAAACCUAGGUCCGAGAUCCGUUCAGAGGGGGGUAUCACUCAUGUUCUUUCGCAUGUGGAAUUACCUGCUCUAGAGUCCCUGAGUAUGGCGUACCGGCACCCAAACAUAUGGAUUCCUAGUUCUCUGCACUUGGGUAACCUGAGCAGCCUUUCGAUCGAUGCAUCUUUCAUCAUUCCCACUGGGGCGCAGGCUGAUUUACUCAGUCUCCUCAGAACGACACCAUCGCUGUCGCAUUUAUCCAUGUCCAUGUCCAUGGCCCCAGAAGAGGAUGUGAUUCUCGUCGGGCUUAACAUUAGCAUCAAUCCUGACGUCGUUCCCGGUCUCAAGUCGUUGGCUUUCCGGUUCAUAAACAUAUCCCCCGGUCUGUCGAGUGUUUUCGUUGAUAUGGUUGAGUCUAGGAGGCCUGGGUUGGAGAGUCUUCGUUUAUCGGUGCCGCUUGUCAUGCUGCCACCCCCCAGUGCGCUGGUUGACCGUUGGGCAGGGCUUUGCGAUGGAAACUUUGUUACAUAUGGCGUAGAGUGA